UAUUCGCAUCUGGUCACACAUUUUUUCUUUGUGUUGUCAUCGUUGUCAUAAAAUAUUUUUGUGUGUUUAUUGGUUUUCCCUAUUAAUUAUUAGAAACAAUAUUACUGAAAUGGAUGAAAAUACUCAACCCGAAGCGAAUAGUGAUGAAUUAAUCAUGCAGCAACAGCGUCAAAUUGAAAAGGAGAUCAGCGAAACAACGCCACUGGUCAGUGAUCUGCAAACCAUUUCUACGCUUAACAGUGAAUAUAACGACGAUGCCGUAUAUUGUUCCAAAGUAAAAGAUCUGGCAGAGAAAUACAGUUCUUUACGUAAGACUCGACCGGAUGGUAAUUGCUUCUUUCGUGCUUUUGCCUAUGGCUAUCUAGAGUAUUUGGUGAAAAACAAAGAAGAUUAUGAAAAGUUUCGCGAUCUGGUACUGAAGGCUAAGGAUAAACUGGUGAAACAAGGAUUUCCUGAACUGACGUUAGAAGACUUCCAUGACACUUUCAUGGAAGUUAUCGAUCGGGUUGCACCAUCGGAAAACAACGAAGAAAAUCUUGAAGAAUUACAUAAACUGUUCAACGAGCAAGGAUAUUCAGAUUAUAUUGUAGUUUUUUUGCGACUGAUGACCUCCGGCCAACUGCAAGAGGAAGCCGAUUUCUUUUUCAAUUUCAUCGAAGGUGAAAUUACGAUGACUGAAUUUUGCCACCAAGAAGUGGAACCAAUGUACAAGGAGUCUGAUCAUAUUCAUAUUAUUGCCAUUUGUAAAGCACUGAACGCAAACGUACGAGUCGAAUAUAUGGAUCGGGCCGAUGGCGACAAGGUGAUGGCCCACGAUUUUCCGGAACGUAAUAAGCCGAAUGUGUUUCUAUUGUAUCGGCCGGGUCAUUAUGACAUCCUCUAUCCAAAGUAAAAAAAAAAUUGAAAAAGAAAUUUGUUUGCUAAACGGUUGGACUAAAUUAUAAUCAAAUAAAUUUUUUGUUUUAAAUUGCUUUUAUCC